AGAAGCCACCCUGAAGAUCUGGAAUAGACUCCUUCGGUCCCCCAAUACUGACCUAUAGAUCUCCAUUAUUGACCUCAAGACUUCGGUUAUGUUGGGGACUCUCCAAAAAAUGCUCCAGACAGGAAAGAGGCCUGCAUGAUUGACAGUCUCCUGGGAUGACGUCACCAGAAAGGGUGGGGUCUGUGGAGCAGGCAGUACCCCAUGCCUCAGCUAUUCCCAACCCUGCCUGUAACAAAACCCAGAGAAGCAGAGGCCAGGCUAAUGGAGGCUAUGUAGAGUGAGGACUGCAGCAGUGUCUCCUGGAUCGUCCAUCCCCAGCACAGGAUUUAUCCACUAUCUGGACUUUAUAAAACCUGACCUGAUGAUGUUACCAAGUCCAGUCACCUCCACACCAUUCUCUGUGAAGGACAUUCUCAACAGGGAGCCCCAGGGGCAGCAGCCACCCCACUCCAGGGGGCACCUGGCACAGGAUCUGGAGGCUGAGUUCAGCCAGGCUGCAUGCAUGCUGGGGGACAGAUCUGUCUACACAGACAGCAAUGACAAAAUCUCCUACCUGAACUCUAUAAGGACAGCAGAGGGCCAUGGAGAGGUGGGGAUCUCUCCUGAAGCCUAUGUACAUGCAGCUCUGGACAACUGUACCCCGAAAGAAGAGGAGGAUGAGGAGGAAGAAGACAGGGGUCACAAAGCUUGCUUUCUGAAGAAAUCCCCCCAUGAUGAAGACAAGCAGGAGGACCUGGACAGGCCCAAGCAGAGGAGCCGCAGGAAGCCCCGGGUGCUCUUCUCCCAGGCCCAGGUCUUUGAGCUGGAGAGGAGGUUCAAGCAGCAAAGAUACCUGUCAGCCCCAGAAAGGGAACACCUGGCUAACAGCCUGAAACUCACCUCUACCCAGGUGAAAAUCUGGUUCCAAAACAGGAGAUACAAGUGCAAAAGACAAAGGCAAGACAAGUCACUGGAGAUGGGCAGCCACCACCCACCUCCACCACCCAGGAGGGUGGCAGUGCCAGUGCUGGUGAGGGAUGGCAAGCCCUGCCUUGCUGGCAGCCAGAGCUAUAACAGUGGUUAUAAUGUAGCUGCCAGCCCCUACUCUUAUAAUAGUUACCCUACCUACAGCUACAACAACAGCUCUUCCUACAACAGCAACUACAGCUGCAACUACUCGGGCAUCCCUUCCAUCCAGCACAAUGCAGGGACUAAUCCAUUUGUAAACAUGGGCAACCUGAGCCAGCUGGGCAAUGCCUCCCAGCCACAGAACCACACAGGGGCAUCCCUGCCAUCCUGCCAAGGGACACUACAAGGGAUUUGUGCCUGGUAGGACUGCUGGGACAGACAUUAUGAUGUAUUAUUGGAUAUAGGAAAUAUAUAAAUCUAUCUAUCUGAUCACAGGAGAGAUCCUCGGGAUCCAGUGCUCUCUGCUGUGUGGCCUGUGGAGUGUCACCAGCAUAUCAGAUAUAUUGCAAAGAGCCUUGUAUGAACCACACCAGGAUCCAGGUGAAGCCUUAACCCUUUAUAUCUCUUGCUCCAAGACUGCACAUGAUGUAUAGACAGCAAUAACUGCAGGCAUAGUAAAGAAGUGCAACCCCCUCUGUGCCCAUCCUACCCCAGAUUUCAGAAGGUGCCACCUGUCAAUGUCAGCAUUCUGGUCAAAUAAACACUUAUUUAUGUUAAGACAGCAAUAGACUACUGGAUUACUACUCCUAGCAGAGCAUGUUGGGACUUGUAGUCGUUUUACAGUAGUUGAAGAUUUGCCUGCAGCCAAAGUAUUCCACAAGUACAAGCAGUCAAUUCCUCCAGAGAUCAUGAGAAGAUUUGAGAAGAUUUAUAUAUAUAUAUACCCCUCCCCCAUAGAAGUGGCCUGCAAUUUGUG